ACCAAAACAACCACCGAAGGCAACGAGUACUAGCCAAUCAGAGGCAGAGUAGGGCGGCUCAUGCCUUCGCCAUAGUAGGAUUCGUAAAUUUGCCUCCUGGACGACAAUAUUGACAAACGCUGUAAAUCCAUAUGUAGUAGUUACACAGUCUGGCAGCAGCAGGUCCGACUGCAGAGGAGAGCAGUGACCGCAGGAACACCAGCAGUUUCUCCCAGGUUCGUCUCUCAGACGGAGCUUUCAUGUUCGAGCCAUGGUCUUCCUGAGGAUCCUCUCCUGCUUCGCCUUCGUCGGCGCCGCCUACGGUUGCGGCACUCCCGCCAUCCCCCCCGACAUCAGCGGUUACUCUGAUAUCGUGAACGGCGAGGAGGCGAAGCCUCACUCCUGGCCCUGGCAGGCGGCCCUGCAGCUCAGUGGUUUCUUCUGCGGAGGCUCCCUCAUCAACCAGAACUGGGUGGUAACCGCUGCUCACUGUUCUGCCAGGGAGUAUGACCUUGUGGUUCUCGGAGCACAUGACCUCCGCUCCUCCACCGAGGACGUCCAGGUGAUCGGGGUCGGCCAGGUGUUCCCACAUCCCGAAUACAACGACAUCAGCAAUGACAACGACAUCCAGCUCAUCAAGCUGGCCAGACCCGCCCAGAUAAACAGGCAUGUUUCCCCCGUGUGCGUGGCCGAGACCAGAGACAACUUCCCCCCAGGCACAACGUGCAUGACCACCGGCUGGGGCCGGACCAGCGGCAACGCAGGUAACCCGGCCACCCGGCUGCAGCAGGCAGCCCUCCCCCUGCUGACCAAUAGUAAGUGCAGUCAAUUCUUCGGCAUCACCUCCAAGAUGAUCUGUGCCGGAGCCAACGGAACCUCCAGCUGCAAGGGCGACUCUGGAGGUCCUCUGGUCUGUCAGAAGGCUGGUGCCUGGACUCUGGUUGGUGUCGUGUCCUUUGGAAGUGCAGACUGCAAUACCAUGACGCCUGCUGUGUACGCCCGUGUCACAGCACUGCGCGCCUGGAUAGACCGGACCAUCGCCGCUAACUGAGAGAGUUUCACUUGCUCAAAAUGAAGUUCAGCUAGCUUAGCUUAGCAUAAAGACUGGAAGGAGGAGAAAACAGCAAGCUUAGCUUAGCAUCAGACUGCAAGUAGGGGAAAACAGCUAUCUUAGCUUAGCAUAAGAGUGGGAGCAGGGAGAAACAGUUAGCUUAGCUUAGCAUAAAGACAAACAGACCACAUGUCAAAAGUUUAUUAAAGUAAGACGUCGCCAGGAAAGUGACUUUAUUUUUAUUCUACAGAAAUCUGAAAGGCUUUCUCUGCUGAAGCAAUUAUAAAUAAAUAAACCUAUAAAAAUGUAUUUUCUUUGUUUUAACGAGACAUUUACAGUUUGUGUUUUCCCUUUAAUAAAGCAUCAAUCUUA